CGGUGAGAGUGACAGCCUGUGUAGCGUCUUCAUGGGCGAGGAGUUUACAGAAUGAAAAAUGAAAAGAUGAAGAUGAAACACCUGUAAUAUCUAAAACCCAGAGUCCGAAUUGAACCAUGAAACUCGCCACUGUGGCCUUUUACGGGUUUGCUGUGGGGCUUCUGGCGGUUGGCCUCCGAGAGUUGCUGACUGGCUUCGAGGAGAACAGAUGCAGUAUGACCUAUAUGUUUGAAUACCCAGAGUACCGGCGCGUGGCUCUGCCUCGCCGUGUGGCCAGACUGUACCCAGCGUAUGGGCUCUAUCUGUACGGGGAGGGUCUGUAUGCCCAGGAGACCCGAGCGCUCAAACUCACCGGGGCCCCUGUUCUCUUCCUGCCUGGAAAUGCAGGCAGUUACAAACAAGCUCGCUCCCUGGGCUCUGUGGCUUUGAGGAAGGCUGAAAACAUGGAGGGGGGUCUCCACUUCAACGUGUUCACCGUGGACUUCAACGAGGAGCUGGUGGCCCUUUAUGGCGGCAGUUUGCUCAGGCAGACGCACUUCCUGCAUGAGAGCAUUAAGGCCAUCCUGAAGCUCUACAAGCACGUCAAGACCCCCCCUCAGAGUGUGGUGCUUGUUGGUCACUCCAUGGGAGGAGUGGUGGCCCGGGCCCUGUUCACUUUGCCCCGCUUCAACAACAAUCUGGUCAGCCUCAUCAUUACCCAGGCCUCCCCUCACCUGGCUCCAGUGCUGGCCCUGGACCCAUAUCUGCUGGAUUUCUACUCUGCAGUGAGACAGAAGUGGGUGAACCAGGCGAAGAAGCUCAGGAACAUCACAGUUCUGUCUGUUGGAGGGGGUUACCGUGACUACCAGGUCCGCUCUGGCUUGACAUGUCUACCUUGUCCCCUAAGAGACCCUAAUAAAUUGUCACUGGUGGCAACUGCAGUUCCCAGGACAUGGGUGUCCACUGACCAUCUGUCCAUCGUUUGGUGCAAAGAGCUUGUACUUGCUACUGUCAGGGCAUUCUUCGACCUAAUAGAUCCUGAAACUAGACAGUUCACAGAAAACCCAGAGAAGAAAAUGGCCGUACUAAACCAUCACUUCGUCAGACAUCCUGUCAGGAUGUUGGGAGAAACACAAGACACCUCCAUCUCCAUUUUAGAUUUUCCUGAAGCAUGGAGUGAAGUGAACACACUGCGUCUGGCGUACAGCACACCAAAGGAAGGACAGGUCAAAUAUUUUCUGUUUGCCCUGUCGAGUCGCAGGAAAGCCUACAGCCAUUUCUACUGCCGGAGCAACAACAUGGAGAUGUCUAGCUGGGUGUACGGCUGUGUGCACAAGAAUGGUUCCUCAUGUGUGCAUGCAGUGGAUCUGUCAAUGGGAACUGAGCUUCUGCCACCAUACAAGGUCCUGAUUCUGAGUCUCAGUGACUUGUCUUCAGUUACUCAUCUGGUUGUUUCAGCCUCCAACCUCAGUGGCAAACAGUUCACAGUGGAGUGUGAGUGGCAGAGACAAGAAUCUCAGACUCUAUCUGUCCCAGUGCCACAUGUUCUCUCCUUGGGUUUGACAGUCAGCGAUGUUACGGUCAACUCCUCUGGACUUCUUCACACUAUCAAGCUGCAGCACUUUCACCAGGUCUAUCAGGCUUUCAGAAUUAGUGUUUCAAGCCAGUGCAAAGUACAUAAAGAUAGACUGCCCAAUGUGUACCGAAUAAAUGUACCGUGGUUUCGGGAGGACACUUUAACCACAGUCAGUGUGCCAUCAGUGACUGAGAUCUCAGGGAUGCUCCAUACAAGUCAUCCAGACAACACCUCAGGUGUGCUCCUUCAGCUCCACACUGCCCCCAACUGCCAGUAUAAGGUGUCAGUAAGGACUUCAUUACCCAGGGUGAUGGGACAGAUACUGAGGUUCUGUGGUCCCAUGGUGCCGGUGUAUACAGCUGUAACCCUCCUCCUGGCCUGUGGGGGGCAGCUGUCCUCCAUCCUGAAGUCAAGGCGAGCUGCAGACAUGAGCCAGGUGGUAGGGAAAGGCCUGCAGCCUCAUAAAGUCUAUCUGCCCGUUUACAUUCUCCACAUCUUACUCAGCUGUAGCUGGUUUCAAGAGGUCUGGUCAAUUCUUUGCCUCCCGCCUAUGGAUGCACUCCCCCCAACAGUCCCUGAUGCCACAUUUCAUGAGGGUGUGGUGCCAGUUGAAGAAUGGCCCCACCUUCUGUCCCCUCUACUUUAUAUCUUUGGGGCAGCUGUGGCAUACUGGGGCAGCGCACUGCUCCGUCUCAUUAUGCGACUGAUCUCACUGAUAUUAGCUCCACUACACAGACCAUCUGUCUCUCGAGACUGUGGCACCCUGCGACUGCGGACCCAGCUCCUCAUCGCUCUGUGUCUGACUGUUCUGGGUGGGACGUCUUGUGGGGCGUUGUCAAUAUUUGCCGCCUUUCUGCUCCACUUUUACAGGGUACUGAGGCUACAGAUGACAGAAAGAUCUUUGAGUCACAUGUUGAAUCUGGCACCACGUAAGCACAAAGAAGCAGAGAAUGGCACAAUUCACGCUGAAUCCAUGAGCAAGUCUAAAGAAUGUAAUGGCGCCCCCCUGCUGUCUGAGUGUGCUCUGCAGGAGGUGAGAGAUGACUUACAGCUCCACCUCUGCAUGUCGGCGCUCAUGGCACUACCUGUUGUGCUCAUCACACCCUCACUCCUCCACUGGAUCCGCAACUUGAGGUAUUCCACGCAGUUGGAUCCUGACCCCUGUUGGCCACACAUUGUGCCUCUAAUUAGUGUGUACAUGCUGCUUAUUAACUGCAACACCUUAAAACUCAGCAACAGUAAACUCCUGCCUCUGACAUCCUGCCUCCCUCUCCCCUUGGCCAUCACCAUGGUGACCUUCUCUCCACUCCACCUCUACAGGGUCACCUACUUCCUGUUGGCAGCACUAGCCCCGCUGGCCUUGUGUUGUCUUCUCUGACGGUAUCUGGCAGCUUUCAGUCCACAUCUCCACCAUAACAAGCCUUUCUCUAAAGCGCAGCUUUACUCACUGAAGCUGGUCAAGACUGAUUUGUCCGGGGAAGACUUACGCCAUCUAGCUGCCAUGGAGCAGAGCCAUAGACAUACAUAGCUUGGGGAACUGUCUGCUCAAUGUUAGCACUGAAAGCUCCAUGGCGAUUACACUGUGUUUUAAAAUGAGAGGAUGUAAUGGCCUUGGAACAUUUGGUGUGAAUAUGGCUCCCAAGGAUUGACCUGAAACCAAGUUUGCCUUACUUUGUAUAUCUAUAGCUCUGUCUUCAAGGAGCAAGAACUCCACAACCAGUGAAGCUACUGAUACUAGAGAUUCACAACAGGGUGUUACUGUUAAAACGUCUUCUUUUAGUUUUUGUUUGUUUCUAGUGUUUACAGUGGCACUGUUCACUGUGGUCACUACGCUGUGAACUCCUGCACUACCUACUGCUUAGCGAUGACUUAUGGUUAUGUUAUCUUUACCUGUUGACUGUCGUAGCACUGCCAGGCACCGGCAGCAAAAUGAACGUUUGAACUGGAAAAGGUUUUAGUGAAUGCGCAGGUUCUAAUCUGUCGCACAUUUUAAUUCAGAAGAGGAAAAUUAUGAUCUACUCCAUGUUCUCUAAAAUACAGGGGUGUAGCCAAACAAUUUUCAUAGGCGUGGCCAGGCUGUGAGCAGUAUUCAUUUUGGGGUCUUGUUUAGUCCUUUUUUCCUGCGUGUCACUGUGUGACAAAUACUCGCUUUUUCGGGUUACUCAUUCGUUUAUUUAGGUAACAGCGGCUGUUAAAUGAGCAGCAGGCUAGGCUUAGCCAAAUAAUAUUGAUAUAUAUUUCCUACUUGAAAGACAUGAGGCAAGCACUCUUAAAGAAAGGAUCUAAAAUGCCGUCAGUGCUGUGUUGGUCGUCGUGUGUGAACAGGCUUUGGUCAAAUUAUGCUGGACUAUUACACUAGGGACACCCUCUUCUACGUUGUUCUUGGUGAAGCAUCUGGCUAGCAAAGUUUAAAAAGCAGAUUACUUGCUUUCUCUAAGCCUCAGAUUUAGGUUCAGUGGAGGAUUAUGGGACGUCUGUUCAGUAUUGCAGCAUACAGUGUGAUUGGAGCUUUAAACAAACACUUUGUAAACCCCAUAUUGUAAUUGGAAUUUUAUCUGCUUUGUGCUGCUGCAGUUUAGUGACUGUUUAAGGCACUGUAAGCUAUCCUAAUGGCAGGUGUACAGGUGAAUAUUUAUAACCAAGGAAUCCACCUUUUUGUCUUAGUUUUUUAAUACCUUUUUAAAACAAAGAUCACAAAACUACUGGUCUGUGUGUCCUUUUACAAAGUCAGCCACGCAUGGAGCAGUACAUAGCAAGCAACAACUUAAAUUCUUAUUCUUAUGUUUGAAUAUUUUCUCUUAAUAUGUUAGAACAUGUGGUUCCAGAUUUUAACAUUUUAAGAGCAACUUAGAAGACGAGGCUGGGGUCGUUUUAUAUUUUCCUUACUGUCAACAAAAGCCAACAAUGUGCUAUUUGGCUAUUUAGUACUUUUUUGACGUCCCUACCAUGUUGGUGGCACUCAGCCCCAAGCCUGAUGCUUUUUACUGAAGAUGUACAUUUUUAAAAACAUAGUUUCUUUUUUUAUAUAAUUUCCUAAAGCAGCUGGUGUCAGUGAUUUUUAGUAAAUGUAAUUUAAACAGGAGGAAAUCUGCUGAUUUCCAACUGUGGAUUAAUCCACAUUUGGUGCUCUAGUGGGUAAACUACAAUGUCUCCCAGUGCAACAGUGUGGCUCACUGAUGUGUUUUAAUAGUUUUCGGAUAACAGUGGAGCUCUGUGGCACAGAGGAAGAUGAUAUCAGGUUUUGGCUACACACACAAUACUUGUUAGUGGAUAUAUUCAUGCCCUGUGAUGGACUGGCGACCUGUCCAGGGUGUACCCCGCCUUUCGCCCGAUGUAAGCUGGGAUUGGCUCCAGGCCCCUGCGUCCCUGUACGCGGGAUAAGCAGUUGACGAUGGAUGAAUAUAUUCAUUGCUGGUUUGGGUCUUUUCAUGGGAUUUGUUGACAGAAAGAGAACUAUAAAAUAUAACAAGCCUUCUCCUUUGUUAUAAGAGGAGGAUGUAAUAUUUGAUAGAAUGAAGCUUUUAGAUUUCAGUGGAAAAGAAACAGUUGUGAAAUUCUGUUGCCACAAUUGCUUCAAACGAUCGUUAUGAUUGUUGACGAAAACAGUUUUCUGUGCGGUGACGCAUGUUGUGUGUGUGGUGUAUUGUAAUGGCAUGUAGGCCUAACAUUUUGUUGCUUUUUGACUUCAGUUUAUGUUGCCAAUGACUUUUUUAAGUCAGUCAAGUGUUGCACUGACACCGACACCCCUUAGAGUUUCAUAACAAACUUUUGUGAAUCAGUGUCUGACUAGGGGUUUACAGUAUCUGUGGGUAACAUGACAGACAUGACAUGACAGCUGUACCAGUUUCAAUUUUGUUUUAUUUUAUGCCUCUCUGUGUUAAAGAUUGUGUUGUAUUGCUUUGUGUUACAUCCUCUUACUGUUGCUCACACCUCCUCACAUCAGUGAAGCAGCUGCUGUGCCUUUCUGCUUUCUCGUGUAUGCAGCAGUGCAUCUGUUCAUACCUGCCUGUCAGUUGAAAACCAUGUAGUCCUCAGUAGCAGUGUCUUGGCUAAAUGAUAAAGGCCUAUGGUGAAUGUAAGUGUACUUCACUGGUUCUGUGUGAAUGAGUUUACCCACAAAAAUAUUUCCUCAACACGGUAGUAUGAUUUUGAAUUUGUGUGACUUGAUAAUAACUUCAUACUAAAGAUAAGUUCAUAAGGGACCAAUCACUCUUGCCCAUCAAGCAAGCAUACAAUCAUGUCAGCAUGCUCUGCAAGACGCCACUGUUGUUCCCAAUGUGAAUGUACCUGCGCAGAAUGUCUCUACGUGUGUUUGACUUUAUACAAUUACUAGUGGUGUAAGUGAUUUUAGUGCUUUUCUGUGCACUCGUCUGUUUGGUGCAGUUUUAGUGCUUUGAGAUGCACAUUGUCGCCUCAUUGUGAAUUGGUGGCAUACACUACUUUGUAGAACAAAUUAGAAGAGUCCAGAGUUCUGUUUUAUAUAAAUAUAAAUGUGAUUUAUAUCGGU